AUGACGUGGCAAGCACAUGCGCUAGAAUCAAUGACUGCUAGGCCAUUGAUGGGCAUGCGGCUGGCCUCGCCAUGGCUCGCCCGGCGGGCCCAUGCCGUGGUUGUUCUGUCAACUUUCAUGCUCGGUGAGACGACCUUGUCUGGCAACUGCCAAAUCGAGCUUCCGUACACGAUGCGAGCAUCGGAGAAGAGCACCUGCCACGCAGCUCUAUCAUCUGUCCAAGCUGCUAUCACGGCAACAGCGGUUUUUGCGCAGAUCCAAACGAACUACACGUUCAUCAACACCUUGAAAGACUCGCUGAAGGAGCCAGAGCUCGUUUUGCCGUUGCCUAAGGCGGCUAUUCUUCAGGGUUUUGCAGUGCAUGGGCAUGGGAACGGUUUGACCGGCGACGUCGUGCUGAAGUCGGACGUUAUUCUGCCCGCAAAGUGUCCGAGCGGAGACAGUUUCAGCUUCUACCAAGCAGCCCUCCAAGGCUCUAGAUACAGGGUGCCGUUGGCAUCACACAUACAGUCCAUGGAACCUGGUGCAACGGUCGUUCUUCAGAUCGACUACGUCAUGCAGUUAAAAACAAAGCAGAAGCCGGGCUUCGGCCACGCGUUUGCAUUGCAAGUCCCUCUGCCACCUGGUACGAACAAGGACACCCGGUCACUGUCAGGCCCUGCAGUCUCUAUCGAAGUCCUUGGGGAAAGCCUGGAGCUUGAAGUGGAUGUGGCCGCCACCACGCCUGGUGUAGUGGUAAAGCGGUGUCCGACAGGAAUUUCGAACUGUCAUAUGGUGGAGUCACCUGUUCUGCAAGAUGUGGCUCUGGAGAUUGCCAUGCCCACGCGAGGGCAAACUCAGGCAAACCUACACAGUCCUUUGUCGCCUUUUCUCACCCUGCAGAAGCACCCUGCCACUGGCCAGGUUGCUGCAGCGCUGUGGCUGCCACCGGCUCUGGAUCUAGGCGAGGGUUCAAUGUUUGAGGUGUUCAUGGUGGUGGAUGCGUCUGCGACCAUGCAUGGGCCACGCUUGGGGCGAGUACAGCAGGCACUGCGUGCUUUGCUGCGCAGUUUGCCACGUGGCAUACGGAUGAACAUCAUCGGGCACGAUGCGAAGAAGCCCUUGGAGCCAAUGUUCCAAGAGAGCCAGGAGGUAGAUGAGAAGAUUUUCCAGGAGGUCGACCAACACCUGGCUCGGGAACCGGCAACCUCUGCCGCUCUGUCCGCCUCUGGUCCGCAAUCGGUCGAGGCUGUGCUUGGCGCGAUUUUCGACUCUGCGCGCCCUGCAUCCACACAGCUUCGGGUGCUUCUCAUCACGGACCGGCAUCCCCCAGAUUCGAAAAAAGCGAUUCAGCUUGUGGAGGAGAGCUGCUCCGAGGACUGCCGGCUUUUCUCGACGGGCCUUGGAUGGAGCGCUUCGCCGAUGUUUGUUGAGGAUGUCGCGAAGGCGGGUGGAGGCAGCUUCUCUUACGUUGCGGAGCGCGAUUUCAAGCUCGGUUUGGAAAAGGCGCUGCUUUCUCAUCUGCUGGAUGGCUUGGUGCCUGUCAUCCGAGCUGUCAACGUGAGUUGGGGGUCCCUGCUGGGUACCAGCUUGCAGUUGAGUCUGGACUUGAGUGAGAUGGAUUUCAACAGCCGGCUUUUGUCCAUCGCUCUGAUAAACCCCUCGAUCGAUGAACCUGACUUAGACCUGAGCAAGCUGAAGCAGCUGGACAUCCAAGCGGUUGUGGGAGGAGUUCAUAGAUCAAUGGCAGCACUUCAGCUCGGUAUGUCAACGUCAACGGCCCUGCAUGCGGCUGGAGUUUCGCUUUAUGCCGAAGAUACUCGUGAGAGUCCCCAGACCUUGCCCGAAAACGUGCAAGACGCUGCGGUUACCCACCGAGUGGCGACCAGUGCGACACAGUGGGUCUUCAAGCCUUCCCAAGCGCAACAGGCGGUGCUUUGCGAGGGUUUGCCCAGCUCCACAGUGGCUUCAGCUUCCGCAUCAGACACCUCGAGCCAGCGGGGCACUGUCCCAUCGGACAAGGACAGACAAGAAAGCAUCCAUCACAACCUGCUUUCUACCAGAGAGCGGCAGCAAGCCCCUCUCAAGCAAUUGGGCGAGAAGCUCUCCGCAUUAGAUUUCGGAAGAUUUGCGCUCAGUCUUUCGUUGAAGGACGACGCUGUCAACCAGAGAUACAAGCCUUCGGGGAAGGACUCUGAAAAGCCCUCGGAGCGAAUGGAUGACUGGUUCAGGCCACGAGCCUCGAUGUUCUCAGUGCGCGGAUUCUCGCGUGCCGGUUCUGCUUUGUCCCUUCUGCCUGGGGGUUCAGUUAGCAGUUAUCCCACUGGAAACAAACACGCUUCGAGCACUUGGCCUGGGGAUGUCUCUGAUGAGACCUGGCCAUUCCGUCAUGGCAGGGACAAAGACUUCUUAGCAGGGCCAGGGCACGACGUGGAAAGAGGCUCCAAGAAGGGUGCGGCAAGCUCCGGGCCAGAGCUUGUGACCCGCAACACGCCGUCGGGCCGUGCGAAGAAGGCUGCAGGUGUCGUCUCACGCCUUUCUGUCCUGGACUUUUCAUUGCUUGGACAGCGGCUGUCUCUGCAGGGAUCGGAGGGCUCGCGAGCACAAAGGAGUUUUCACUCGCGCUUAGAGUCGCUCUCGCUGUUUGACUCCAUGAUGGCGGGUUCAGGAGGUACCGCAGCGUCCACUGGACGCAAGGAUGCCUUCAAGAGCAGAAGCCAGGCACUGUCACUCCGAAGCCAUAUCGCAAUCUCCGAAAUCGGAGCAUCCCCAUCAAAGCAUUUGCCUUCGUGGGCAAAGCUUUCUGCAACAGGCGUCUUCACUUUGGCAUCCCAGCUGUCCAUCCGGAGACCGGAGAAGAUCUUUGGUAGAAGCAGAGGGUUCGGGAACCCAUCUUACGCCAGCUUCGCAGACUUGUCGGGGCAAGACUCAGGGGGGCAAGCCGGGCAAGCUGCAAAUGAAAGGGGAGACGAGGCCGGUGGGCAGUGGGGGCAGUUCCUUUCGGACUCUUCCUUGCCAGCUGGAGCAGCUGAGAAGGAGGCCGAACAGCCCUCGGCACUGCCGGCACUGCAUGGAUGGAUUAGCAUCGAAGUCGCAGGUGGCAUCCUGCAAGGAGUCUGCCCGGUGAGAUAUGCAAGUGAGGCAUGCUCUGAUGAAUCUGAGCAGGUCGCAAUCCAUUGGAGACCAGGGCGAAAUGCCAGCAGCCAGAUGGCGCAGGUUUAUCUGACAACCGCGCCGCUGACAUCCAGCAGCCAAGCCGUUCGCCUCGGUGAGGCGUCUUUUCCGAGUGCGUCGGAGUCUUCGGAGAUCUUGAUUGGAGUCCAGGUCUCCAAGACCUGUGAACUCACUGUCCGAAGCGUGCAGGCAGGCAAGCACCUCGACAAGCUGAUGACUGCGAAUUUGGUCGCUGCUGCACCACAACAGUUCCAGGGAGCACCCCUGCAAAGCCCUCAGCCACUCGAGCUGACUAGUUCGAUUGGAGAGGCCUUGGUAAACCGACUGGGGGCUGUGCGACGAGGCUUUCCGACUAUGAUACGGAGCGUAGCGAAAGCAAAGGCAGAUCAUGCAUCGUACGGUGCAGCAGGCUCUGCUGCAGAGCUGGCAGCUUGCCAUGCUUUCCUUUUUGCACAAAGCUUCCAAGGAUACUUUGCGCUAGAACAGGCUGCUCUGCAGACGAUAGGGCUGAGUUGGGAUCACCUCCAGCUGCUGGCAUCUUCAUGGACAAGUAGCACGCCAGACGGGGCGAAGGUUGCACACACAACCUUCGCUCUGAAUGUGCUAACGGAGUCUUUCCAAGAGAUGCAGGCCUCAUGGUAUCUGGCUGCUAACCGUGCUGAAGCUUGGCUCAAGCAGCAAGUGGCAGGCCUUUCCUUGCCAGGCUGCCGAAAUCUAGUUUCUUGCUUCGAGACGGCCAGGAUAUUUGCGGUCAGAGAACGCCAGGAAAAAGAGCCAGGAGCUUUGCCGCAGGCAGCUUGGCGGCCUACUGCAGCCUUGCGGGAUAUGGCUCUCAGACUUUCGCAGGGCUCCAGUCUGAUCGUAGCCCGCGUGAUGAAAGCGCCAUCGCAAUGGGCGACAAGGUGGUUCUGCGAAUGCAUGCUAGACCAACUGCAUGCACUUGCCAUGACAUGCUUGUGCGGCUUUCCCGUUGGUCGAGCAACGCCAGAUCACGCGAGCAGCCGGCAAAACGCGACGUGGCAAGUGGCAGAGGCAGGUCUGUACUUCACAUCAGUACAGAACAAGCGGUAUGAGCAAGCCAGGCAGAAUGUCAACACGGUAGAGAUCGAGGGCAAAGAGAUGUCGCAGAUGUUCGAGACCUUCCUUUCGCCCGAGGAAGCAGACACGCCGUUCGACGUUAGGCAAGCCACCUCGGAGACUGUCUCGGUGAAGUUCGACAAGAGGCCCUAUGGCAUUGUGCGAUGGCAGCCCGGGAAGGACUUCAAGGGCGCGAUGGUGAAGGAUGUUGCGCACGGCGUUUUCGUCGGAGAUCCCUUGGGACAAGCCAGAGCCAAAGGCAUCAAGCCAGGUAUGGUCGUGAAGAGCAUCGCGGGCCAGGACGUCAUGAACGAGGAGUUCGACGUCAUCAUGAAGAAGCUUGGGGAUGAAGCCCUUGGCUACAACAUGUUCGGUGUGAAGUUUCCCUUGGAAGCAAAAGCUUUGCAUGUAGCUGCAGCGGCGCGGAGUGCGGAUAUCCGUGGAUCCGUGGUGUCGGGAGCCAAGGAGCAGAUUGCAUCGGGCGGGUUGAAGGGCGUCCACCUGGGCGGAGGCAACACCCUGAAAAACACGAGCCCAUAUGCACACCUCGUAGCUCUCGAGCGAUAUUAUCUGCCUAAGUUGGUGGAGAAUGGUGCGGCUCACCCAGUCAUCGACAGAGUGAUCCAAGCUGCGCAAGUUCCACGAGAUCGGCGGUCGCACCGUUCAAAGCACCGGCCGGGUGGCAUCAGUCACGCAUCCUCGCUGCCCUCAAUCCCCAGGGCGCCCUCGGCAGCCCACGCGUCGAUGUCAGCCUCGCGCUCUGCAUCCUCGCGUCAGCAGUCCUUGUAUGGCAUUGCAUGGCAUUGCAUGUCAUGGAGUCGGGCACAGGCAGAGCGUAAAACCGCGACCUCCCACCCCUGUCCUGCCACGAGGCGCCGUGUAUCAGGAGCCGUACAUCGCCGGCCCUCGGGUCCAAUGGGGUCCUGUGGCGCAGCUCUUCGCAAGAGCCGCCCCACCUGUCCGGUAAGCUCUCUGUGA